UCUAGCCCCGUCUCGUCUCUCCCGGCGGCACGCAUGACUGACGGACGGCCCUCUGCGUGCGUGUGUAACAUCCGGGGCCGGGACAAGGAUGAACGCCAAUUUCCAAGAUGGCGGCGGAGGGAGGAGGGAAGGAGACGAACGAAAUUAAAACACAGUUCACCACACGGGAAGGCGUCUACAAGCUCCUCACUCACUCCGAAUACAGCCGCCCGAACAGGGUGCCCUUCAACUCGCAGGGCUCCAACCCCGUCAAGGUCUCCUUCGUCAACGUGAACGACCAGUCCGGCAACGGCGACAGGAUCUGUUUCAAUGUGGGCCGGGAACUCUACUUUUACAUCUACAAAGGCGUGAGAAAGGCCGCUGAUCUCAGUAAACCCAUCGACAAGAGGAUCUACAAAGGCACGCAGCCGACAUGUCACGACUUCAACCCCCUGACGGCGACGGCCGAGAGCGUCUCGCUGCUGGUGGGCUUCUCAGCCGGCCAGGUUCAGCUCAUCGACCCGAUCAAGAAGGAGACCAGCAAACUCUUCAAUGAGGAGAGACUCAUCGACAAGUCGAGAGUGACGUGCGUGCGGUGGGUUCCGGGCUCAGAGAGCCUCUUCCUGGUGGCUCACUCCAGCGGCAGCAUGUACCUGUACAACGUGGAGAACACCUGCGGCACCACCGCCCCCCACUACCAGCUCCUCAAGCAGGGCGACAACUACGCCGUGCACACGUGCAAGAGCAAGUCGGCCCGCAACCCGCUGCUGCGCUGGACGGUGGGCGAGGGGGCGCUGAACGAGUUCGCCUUCUCCCCGGACGGCAAGUUCCUGGCGUGCGCCAGCCAGGACGGCUUCCUGCGGGUGUUCGGCUUCGACGCGGCGGAGCUCCACGGCACCAUGAAGAGCUACUUCGGCGGCUUGCUGUGCGUGUGCUGGAGCCCCGACGGGCGGUACAUCGUGGCGGGCGGCGAGGACGACCUGGUGACGGUGUGGUCGUUCCUGGACUGCAGGGUGAUCGCGCGGGGCCACGGCCACAAGUCGUGGGUGAGCGUGGUGGCGUUCGACCACUGCACCACCAGCGUGGAGGACGGCGAGCAGCCGGCCGAGUUCAGCGGGAGCGACGAGGACUUCCACGAGCAGAUCCACUUCGAGGCGGGCCGAGAGCGGGCCAACAGCUCCCACUCCCGGCUCUCCAAGAGGAACUCGACGGAGAGCCGGCCCGUCAGCGUCACCUACAGGUUCGGCUCGGUGGGGCAGGACACUCAGCUGUGUCUGUGGGACCUGACGGAGGACAUCCUGUUCCCCCACCUCCCUCUGUCUCGCACAAGAACUCACACCAACGUGAUGAGCGCCACCAGCCCCACGGCCGGCGGCCAGACGGUCACCACCGUGUCCAUCACCGCCGCCGCCAACCCCGCCGGCCCCAACGGCAAGGACAACGUGAGCAACAGCAGCGCCGGCGGCAACCCGGCCAACUCCCUGCCCGACGGCCUGCCCCGCUCCAACAGCCUGCCCCAGGCGGCCAACCCGGCCGCCGGCGGCAGUACCCCCAACAGCCACACGGGGAGCAGCUGCAGCAGCAGCAGCAGCAGCAAGGGCAACAGCAUCAUCGACAGCGCCUUCAUGGCCACCAAGUUCGCCACGCUGUCGCUGCACGACUCGCGCAAGGAGCGCCACGAGAAGGACCACAAGCGCAACCACAGCAUGGGGCACAUCAGCAGCAAGAGCAGCGACAAGCUCAACCAGCUCAGCUCGUCGCGCACGGCCAAGGGCGAGGCGGCCAAGACCCUGGGCACCACGCUGUGCCCGCGCAUGGAGGAGGUGCCCCUCCUGGAGCCGCUGGUGUGCAAGAAGAUCGCCCACGAGCGGCUCACCGUGCUGAUCUUCCUGGAGGACUGUCUGGUCACAGCCUGUCAGGAGGGUUUCAUUUGCACAUGGGCGCGGCCGGGCAAAGUGGGAUUGUUAUCGCAGAACAACCCGGCCAACUCCCCCAGCGGAACCGUAGUAUAGACGCGGCGCCGGUGCCGCCGACGGCUGAUCCAACCGCUGAGACGGGGGGUGUGGAAAGUCCAAGCCCACGCGCCGUCACGCAGCACCUGACCUCCUGUGUCUGUGUCCCUCUCAUCACUGCUGUUACCCCAGAGCUGUCUUUAUGCUAGCUGACGCUGGUUGGCGUUGAAAGGUUUUUAUUGGCAGUUAAAGAGUGCUUGACUGACGCAUCUUUGGUUAUAUCAAGUUGUCUAGUCUGAAACUAACAAACUCUUAAUACCCAAAUCUCUUGUGCCUAUAGAUGUUUAAAGACUAGACACAGUGAAGUGACGAUGCCUCAACCCCGCCAAACCUUUUUCGUGUGGGUUCAGUUCACGACCUCGUUCGUUUGAUGUGUCCCCAGCUAAAAGGGAAUAAGGUGCAGGAUCACUUCCACGAGGCAGCAGCAUAUCCCUGAAACCAGUUCUCUCCUUUAGAAAUCUUCAAAUCUGAGCUAUCGCACUCGGAGAAUUUUGCACAUAUUUCCCCCUCCCCUCCCCCCCUUUUUGAACUCAUUCAACAAUGUCCCUGUUUUGAAAUUUGUGACGGCAGAACGCAAGCGUAACUUUCUGAAGCACUUGGAGGGGAAGAAAAAAACCCAACGGCCUACCGUUGUUCUCCGUCUCAAAGUUAGAUGCUGCAAUCAGUUUAUAUAUAUAUAUAUAUAUAUAUAUAUAUAUAUAUAUAUAUAUAUAUAUAUAUAUAUAUAUAUAUAUAGAAAACAAAUUCUUUGCACUUAAUAGUUUAUUAGAGGAGAAUGGCUUUACAUUUUUUGGAGUGUGUCAGAGUUCUGACAAGGUUAAGAUAAAACAAAAAAAAAAAGACAACUUUGUAUCUAUUGAACAUUUAUUUUAUUAUUGUUUCAGAUUAAACUGGCUCUGUAUUAUAUGUAAAUAUUGUACUUCAAUGAUUUAUGGGUGAAAUUAACAUUAAUACUCUAGUUCAAAGAUUUGUCAUUUCAUAAAAAUAGUGAUAUUUCUUAUACAGAAAGUCUAAUAUUAAAACGAGUCUUGAAUAUGCAAGUGAACAUGUUUUUUUUUUUCCCCCCUCUUUUUUGUUUUUUUUUCUUGUACAGAAAGAGAAUUCAGGUGUAUUUUUUAUUAAGGAAGCGUUUGGUAUUUGGAAAAAGUUUUUUUUUUUUUUUUUUUUUGUGAAAUCCUCUCGUCUAACAGGUCGUGCUGUACGCUUGCUAGCCUGUCGCUGCAGGUUCCCUUUUACAACACCGACAGGUAGGAGCAGACGCGACCAUCACUCUGAGCUCAGGUAAACCACAGGAAGACUAUUGCUGAUACAAUCCCCCUUCACUCAGAGGCCUUCGUCCAACCCUGGCAACACGCUCGCGAGUUCACCUCAACAAGACUGACAAAUGAGGCAAUUUUUUUUUUAUUUCUUUCUUUCCUGAACUGACGCCGAACUCGUGAAUCAACUUUUUCGACACUGUGAAGAAUUUCUGCUGACAAACACGUCAGCAUUUGAAGGUGGUGUAGAUGAGGGUGAGGGGGGAUUUAUCACGCACCCACAUAGGACUGAGGAUUUUAACAGUGGGAGCCUUUUUUUUUUUUUUUGUUUCCUUUAUGUGACGCCUAUUAAAACGACUUUGACAGAA